AUGGACGAAGUCGAAUCGGCGAGUGACCACAGAUACAUCCAGUUCUGGUUAGAACGGUUAGAACGGACUCCUGAUCAGGACGAUCCUCCGGAACGCCUCAGGGGAUGGGCCUACAGACGGCUCAAUUUAGACGCACUAACUUCUCACCUGGCAAUAGCACCUCUGCCCACUACUGAUGAAAACACGCCCACUGAUCAAGCUGCUGACCAGCACAUUUCAUACUUGACAUCUGCUUGCGACGCAUGCAUGCCGCCCAGGGCACCACUGCCUCACGGCAGAAGGCAAGCCCACUGGUGGAACCAAGAAAUUGCCACGCUACGAGACGAAUACGGUCGACUGCGUAGGAGCUACCACAGGGCAGCUAGAAGGCGAGAGUCACACGAACAACUGGAUGUUCACCGAACCGCAUAUAAGGUCAAGAGGAAGGUAUUGCGGCAGGCAAUAAGAUCUUCCCAGACUAAAUGCUGGUCCGACCUAUGCAGAUCCGUUGACUCCGACCCGUGGGGUCUUCCCUACAAAAUCGUCACCAAACACAUCGGUCGUCGACGUCCAGGAAUUGAAGCCCGCGGCAUGGAGUCGGAGAUCGCCGAUCACCUCUUCCCGAACCCCCCAGCGACGGACUGGGCACUUGAGCCCCACCCACCAGAAACCGUAGAGGAUGAAACCGUUGAAAACUUCACCCUGGCCGAACUGGCCCAAGCCUGCAAAAGACUUCCCCCCGGUAAGGCAACCGGCCCCGAUGGUAUCCCCAACGAGGUUCUAGCCAAGGUGUUCCUCCGGAAGCCUAACAUCCUACUCAGCGUCUACAACAGGGAUGGCCAACCCGCGGCCCGCCUUGGAAAGUUUUGCGGCCCGCGACAUAUAUCAAAUAUUUACAAAAAAAAAUAUUUUUGCGCCGAUAGAAUAUUCUGGAAUGCCCGUGCAACGCGGUAUCUGUAUUAUUAA